UUUUUUUUUUUUUUUUUUUCGAUUUCCGCAUUUUGCUCGAGCCGUAACAGAUCCAUACAUUGUUGCAAGCUCUAUAUAGGCGAGGGCAUUACACUGCACUAGCGUCAGGUUCUUCAAGCUGUGUGACAUUUGACAUCCACUCUUGUUGCAUGAUGCCUCCCGUAUAUACUAUUUUCUAUGGCACAUUUAUUCAAUUGCCACGGAUACCCGCCAGUUCGGGACAAAAGCAUGUUCUGGACAUUAAUCAUGGAGCACUGUGGGUUUCGAAUGAGAGCGGGCGUGUCGAGGGGUUUGACUGGGGUGUCUGCACAGAAGAAAAGUUGCAUGAUUUACUACAAGACAAGGGAUGGAGGGUUGUUUCUGGAGAUGUUGAAGAGGAGGAGGAUGGAGAGAAGACAGCGGUGAGAGUAGUCAAGGCGAGUGAGAAGAGGCAUGGCUUCUUUUUCCCAGGGUUUAUUGACACACAUAUUCAUGCGUCACAAUAUCCUAAUUCGGGGAUAUUCGGUUCUUCAACGUUACUUGAUUGGCUAGAGAAAUACACAUUUCCUCUAGAAUCCUCUUACGGAGAUGGAUCGGAUGUUGCUCCGCAAAAGGCCUUGACAGCCUACGAAAAGGUCAUUGCGCGUACAUUAUCGAAUGGAACCACGUGUGCUGCCUACUAUGCCACUAUUCAUGUUCCAGCCACCAAUCUGCUGGCUGAUCUCUGUCUCAAACGUGGUCAGCGAGCAUUUAUCGGCCGCAUCUGCAUGGAUAAUCCCGACUUUUGUCCAGAUUACUAUCGUGACGCUUCCGCAGAGGAAUCCCUGAGAGCCACGGAGGCUACCAUCGCCCAUAUUCGAUCAAUUGAUCCUGCGGGCAGAGUUGUCGCUCCUAUCAUUACACCAAGAUUCGCACCAACGUGUAGCCAGAUCUCGCUAUCAGGCCUGGGAAAAUUGGCUGCCUCGUUCGAUCCUCCGUUGCGGAUACAGACUCAUAUCUCCGAAAACAAGAAUGAAGUCGCUCUCGUGAGAGAGCUCUUCCCUGAUUCCACAAGUUAUGCCGAUGUCUAUGACCGCCAUGGCCUCCUAACUCCUCGGACAAUUCUUGCACAUGCAGUUCAUCUCACGCCAGCUGAACGGUUGCUGAUCCAUUCACGAGAGGCGAAGAUAUCGCACUGUCCAGCAUCGAAUUCUGCUCUAGGCUCGGGUCUCUGUCCGGUCCGCACGCUCCUCGACGAUGGCAUUGCGGUUGGGUUGGGCACGGACGUCAGCGGUGGUUACAGCCCGAGUGUCCUUGAAGCAGUUCGCCAGGCAAUCCUCGUCUCUCGUCUCGUCUCAUACAGCGCAGAACAGCAAACGGGAAGAGAGAAUCUCAGUGUUGAGGAAGCCUUAUAUCUCGCGACAAGAGGAGGCGCAAAAGUCGUCGACAUGGCUGACCAGAUCGGUGGUUUCGAAGUUGGCAUGUUCUGGGACGCACAACUUAUCGAACUGAGUUCUGUUGAAGACAGAUCUGCCGAAACCAUCAAUGACCCCCAGGGAAAUGUCGACAUCUUUGGCUGGGAGUCAUGGGAAGAAAAGAUCCAGAAAUGGGUCUGGAGCGGCGAUGAUCGAAAUGUGAAGGCGGUCUGGGUCAAUGGAGAACUAGUCUACCAGCGGUCGCAAAAGGAAACAAGGAAGAGUGUGGUACAUGCGAAUAUUCCAGUUGUGCCACGCUCGUGGGUGUCGUUUUUACUACGAUGGUUGGGUUUUUAAGGGCAUACAUAUGGUUACUAUAGGAGUUGGGACGUACACGGCGUUAAUAGACUUAUAUAUCGAUUUCAAGUACCAGGUUCUAAUCAGACGCAUAUUUAUUCCGAUUUGCUUUACAUAACUUGAGCUUGCCAAUGUUGUAAUUAUGAAUUCUGCUCUGUUCUAUGGAAGCACUUUAGCUUGGUUCGAAUUAGCUGAUAAAGCCUUCCUCAUGAGACAAUCUAAUUAACUGAAUAACCA